GAUCUCAUCCAACUCUUCUUCCUCCCACAAACUCAAGAGAGUCAACAAACCAAACAAAAACAAAACCAACAAAACAAAACGAUGAACCAAGGAGGACCAUCGCUUCGGAUCUCGGGCGGAGGCGCCUCAUUCGAUCCGAUUGGGAUCAUCAAGACAGUCACCGCCAGUAUCCUAGAGGUCUUCUUAUUAUGUCUCGCAGGUUAUGUCCUCAGUCGAAAGGGAAUCAUUGACUCAAAAUCAAAGAACACGUUAAAUAAGAUCAAUGUUUCCUUCUUCACCCCCGCCUUGAUGUUCAGUAAGGUUGCAUUCAGUCUGACGUCAGAGAAACUAGCCGAUCUCUACGUGGUCCCCAUAAGCUUCGUGAUCAUCACCCUCACCUCUGGUCUCGUCGCCUGGCUUCUGUCCAAGCUGUUUAGACUAGAAAGACCCGAACGCAACUUUUGCUUGAGUUUCUCGAUGUUCAUGAACUCAAACUCCUUACCAAUAGCCUUGAUGACCAGCUUAAUCACCACCAUCAACCGCCAUGACGGCCUCAAGUGGGGCGCAGAUGAUUCAAAGGAUAAGCAAUUGGGUCGCUCAUUAACGUAUCUGGUCGUAUUCUCAACUAUGGGCUUGAUCUUCCGAUGGUCGUAUGGCGUCAAACUCUUAUCAGCCUCCGUCGGAGCUGAGGACGACCACCAGUCAACCCAUGAAGACGAGCUGGAAGACGGCAGUCUAUCCCAGGAGGAGGUCGUCCCUUUUUUGACUUCAAUCGAUGGGGCAACUCCCAAAUCAAGUCUUGAUACCGAUCGACAGUCUCGCAAACAUUCCUCUUCAGAACAGCUGGUCUCCCCAACCGAGAUCGUUGCGUCCACCAAUAUUCCUCCGCCUCAAAAUCGUCGCUAUCGCCUUAACUCAGACGCAACUGACGACUCCUCUCAACCCCAACCAUCGCCAGUAAUCGAGCAGUCAGAUGAUCAUCUCCAAGCGCAUCUUCAACGUCCAAUCUUUCACAGCUUCCCUAACGUCAGAGAGUAUUGGCUGCAAUCACUAUCUUCCAAAAGGAAUAGUAUUGCAACCUCUUGUACAAGCUACAACGAAUCCGUCGAGUCAGCUCCAGAGUCACCUACCUCCGACGUACACCGGCCAAGACGGCUGUCCCACCAUGGCCACAAGCCUCGUCAUUGGCUCAAAAAAAUCAGAAAGCUGUUCAAAUGGUUAAUCGUUCGACCAAUAUUGAUGAUCAAUCAGUUUAUGACUCCACCCCUAUAUGCCGCUUUCUUAUCGCUGAUUGUGGUGUCUUUACCAAGCCUACAAGAGUAUUUGGAGGACAUUCAUCCAUUGCGAAGUGCAUUGAAAAGUGCUGGAGAUGUGUCUGUUCCUCUGACACUAGUUGUUUUGGGCGCUUACUUCAACACCAGCGAUCCAAACAAAUCCAAAACUGACAGCUCUACAACUGAGGUCGGAACGCAAUCCCUGACACCAGCUGAGCUGAAGAUUCAAGCACGGCUACACAAGAAGAGACGGGUCGAACGGCUGACAAUUCUGGGCUCAAUCCUGUCCCGCAUGAUCAUCACUCCCCUGAUCCUGCUCCCGCUACUCUUGAUGAUCCUCCGAUACUUCCACAAGGCUCGCAAUGGUCAGACCGACGAUGAUCCCAACGGAUCCUCGCAAUUUCACGAAGACCCCUGCUUCAUCCUCGUCACCGUCUUGCUCAUCGGCGCCCCUCCCGCUAUCACUCUUGCUCAAAUGACUAGCGCUAAUCCGUUCCCUAUCGGCUCCAAGUCAUUCCAAAUUCAAGCCCUCCAAAACUCCAAAUUCGAGAAACUCGUCUCCAAAACUCUCUUUCUCUCUUAUGCACUCAUCACCCCUCCUACUACGAUCGCUCUCGUCGUCCUCGGCCUGUUAAUCGAGGCUAAUCGUUAACUUUCUCCUUUUUUGUUUCAAACUAUCAGCCUAUCAUCACUAUUGCAUAUCUCUUCGUUAACUUUUAAUCUUCUACUUAUUUUUUUCUGUGAUCAGGCGCCCCCCCUGCUCUUAUGAUACAUAGUUUGCAUUCAUCUUACAUCCUUCCAUCUUCCUCGUUUCUACUCUUGACGAUAAUGAGUGAUCUGCAAAAGAUGUUUUUUUUUUCGGGUUUGAAUCUGUUGGCUCUUCUCAUUCUCAGCUUCGAUCUGUCCCACCAUCUUACCCAAGUUCAUCUCACAUUGUACACGGCCCCAUCGAUUAAUAUCUGCCAUCCGCUUCCCUCUCUCUUAAUCGUUUCCAAUUAUUGCUUCUUUAUAGACUUCACGUGUGUAGUCGAGCCGUUUCAGUCUAGCUUUAGUCAUUUCCCUGUUUUUUUUGGCGCCUCUUUAUGGUGAUUCACAUUUCUUUUUUCCCCCUUCAUAUUGUAUCUCUAUAAUAUGGCACUACAUCAUGUAUCUCCUCUUCCCAUCAGUCCAAAACUAACAAAAUCAAUCCAGUCAAUUCAUAGGUACAAGCAACAGUCUUCAUAUUUUAAAA